GCCUUACUCCAGGAACUACAUCAGACUACCGAUUAUGCGCAGCACAGACCCUACUUGAAAAGCACGUCAUUCGGAAUCCAACAAGAGGGCCCUCCAUCAACCCCACCAUCUUUUUGGACUUUAUGCACUAUCUG